AACGCGCUAACCCCAGACACCCAGGAAGUGACAGCCCUGGAUCAAAACAGAAACAACGAAGUGUCGCUGCGUUUCCUCUCCGAGCGCAGGUUCUGUGUGUCUGUGCCCGAGUCCAGCUCCUCAGCUGCCGAGUCUAGCUCCUCGGCUGCACCUCUGUGGGAUUUACGAUGUUUUUCCCCUCCGACAGACGAUCACUGAGCCCCUCGCUGUGUGCUGCUUUCGCUGUGCUGUGCGUUAGCAUCGUUAGCCUGGGGGAAUGCUACCAACCUACUCCGACACCCGCGACUCCCUGCGCUAACUUCAAGAACUGUGACACCUGCGUGCCUAAUGCCAGGUGUCUCUGGUGCUUCUCCACCAACAACUGCACCGAGUACCCAGUGCGCUGGUUGCUGCCCCCAGCGCACGUGUGCCCGCUGUCCCAGGCCCGAUGGGGCAUGUGUUGGCUCAACUUUGAAGCCCUGAUCAUUACCUUGGCUGUGAUCGGUGGAAUCAUCCUGAUCGGCAUUAUGGUGUGCUGCUGUUGGUGCUGCCGCUGCUGCUGCUGCAAGAAGCGUGGGUCAAGGCCUGACAGAGAUGAGGAGUUAUUUGCCAGGAGGAGAGAGGAGAACAAACAACGCGCUGAAGAACGGAAAGUGGACAAAAAGGUGCGGCAUGAUGAGAUCCGCAAGAAGUAUGGUCUCCUGAGCGACUCGGACCACCCGUACAGCAAGUUCGAGAACGAGUAGAGCAGCUGUCCUGGUGGAGUUCCACAGGAAGCGUUCGGAGUCCGUCUUCGUUUAUAUCUUGGAGUGAUUCUCUUUUCUCACAAAAACCACAUACAUAAGACAAAUACUGCUUAGUGCCGUCCAGAAUGAUUCAGUUCAGAUAAAAAUCCCCAUUUUAAUUAAGAAACCUGAUGAAAGGAGAUUCUAGAUUUUAUUUUGAUUCUCAUUGAGGAUUGUGUUUGUGUCGUGUGGAUGUUGAAGCUUGUUUUUAGACCUGCAAAGUUCUUUGUGUUCUGAAAUUUUAUCCCACGUGUUAAUGUGGUUUUAUAUGAGCCUUUUAGUUUUAUAUAUGCAAUGUUGAUUUAUGAAAUACACAAUAAUGAUUGCACCAUGGGUGUGUUGUGACACAUGAAUAAAAUUCAUUUAUAGAUAACAACCAGACUUUUCCAAUGGUCUGAGGUUUCAGUGCAGACACACUGAACGUCUACUGCCGCCGUGGCCUCCAGUGGUGGAAGUGCACACGGCCAUAAACUCAGAAUGACAGCAGCAUCCACAGGGCACAGCAGAGGACACUCAGUGCAGCACAGUUUAUCAGCUUCUCCCCUCGGUCCCAUGGACCUUCUGACGUCUCACCUGUCUCAGUGACGAAUCAACAGCAUCUGAAGUCUGCUUUUAUGAAACUUUAAGUGUCGGUUGCUGGGCCAAGAUGGGUACAAAUCUACAUCUACAGCUUUUUAAUCAAUAUCACUUCUUAAACACUUGUUCUUCAGGGAGGAAAGAAAUGGAGCUAAUUACAUGGAGAACUUCACCUUUCUAUAAAUCAAUAAUUUGGGCUGAUUUAAAGCUUUAAUGUGCAUUUAUUGACUUUUUCAUGUUCAUUAUCUGUUGACUAAAAAUAAAUAUUUGGUGCAGUGAUGAA